UGUCAGUGUGACAUGUGGCAUAUAUAGUAGUGGUGGUGUAGUGUCAUGCAAUGCAAAAUGCACUAAAAGUAGAAUUAAGAUUAUAAGAUUUUAAUAUAAUCGAAAAUAAAAGCUAUUACUCUUAAUAAAAAUGAAAAUACUAAUUAUAUUUGUUACUUUUAAUAUACUUUGCGCUUGGGGCGCAAGUAAAGAUAAGACAAAACCAUUAAAGGGACCAAUUGAUCAGUCAGUAUUCGAACGAGAUUUACUUCUAGAAUUUCCAUCAGCUAAACAAAUAUUAAAACAUCAUCAGAGUUAUUAUCAAGAGACUGAUUUAGUGAAUUUUAAUGGAACAGUUUUAGGUUAUGUUACACCGUGGAAUAAUCAUGGAUAUGAUGUGGCGAAAUGGUUUGGAAACAAAUUUACACAUAUCAGCCCCGUAUGGCUACAAAUUCAUCGUCGAUCACCUUUAAAAUAUGAAGUAACCGGUACUCAUGAUAUUGAUAAAGGAUGGAUGAAAGAUGUGAAAACUGCUGGACGAAAACGAAAAACUAAAAUUUUGCCAAGAGUUAUAACCGAAAAUUGGCAUCCACAAAGUGUUGUUGCACUUAUGUCAAGUGAUGACGAACGUGAAGCGUUUAUUACAAAACUGAUCUCAACUUGUAUCGAUAAUAAAUUCGAUGGUUUAGUCAUAGAAAUGUGGGCACAAUGGGCUCGAACAGCCGAUGAUUGGUUAUUAAUAGAUUUAAUUAAAGAUUUAGGAUUGCGAAUGAAACAUUCGAACUUAGAUUUUAUUUUGGUAAUCCCACCAAUGCGUGGAGAUGAUACGGAAAUAUUUGAUGCGACCCAUUUUGAUCAGUUAUCCAAUUCAGUUACAGCAUUUUCAUUAAUGACAUACGAUUAUUCAAAUAUACAGAAACCAGGUCCAAAUAGUCCAAUUGACUGGAUAAAACUAUGUGUAGAAUCAUUAACAUCGGAUACAAAAAAACGAAAACUAAUUUUAAUAGGUUUAAAUUUUUACGGAUAUGAUUAUACAUCACGUGGAGGCGGCCCAAUUGUUGCUCACGAAUAUCUUAAACUCUUAAAAUCGUUUAAAGGGAAGCUUAGUUUCAAUAAGGAUAUUCAGGAACAUCAUUUCGAACUUAAAAACGAAGACGGUCGGCAUUAUGUUUUCUAUCCAACGUUGUUAUCUAUCAAAGCAAGAAUUGAUUUAGCUGUGGAAUUAGACACAGGAUUGUCGAUUUGGGAACUGGGACAAGGAUUAGAUUAUUUUUAUGAUUUAUUGUAAUAGUUUUUUGUAC